UCCCCUCCGAGCUGGUGGCCUCCAGGUCUAGCCCGCCGCCGCCGCCGCCGCAGCAGCAGCCAUGGACUCCGAGAAGGUCCCCGGCCUAGGCAACGCGGCCUCGGCCCCGAGAAGUCCGCUCCCCAGCUCGUCGUCGGGCGGCUCCUGGUCGGAUUCCUCCACGGGCCUGAGCUGGUCGUCGCUGGAGGACACCAGCUUGGUGUCGGCGCUGCUGACCGUGCCCCAGUACCCCCCAGCGCUGGCGGCCUACCGGAGCCCGCCGUCGAGCAUCGACUACGGCUCGGGCUCGGUCUGGCCCGUGUCGGCGUCGCCUUUCCGCCAACGCCUCUCACCCAACGCCGCCCGGCCCCCAGCGCAGAACACGCUGCUGUCCAUCACGCGGCCGCUGCCCGUGAGGGCGCUGCUCAGGCGCUACGUGGCGCCCAAGUCGGGCUCCGAGUGCGAAUGCCGCUCCCCGAAGGCCUCGCCCGCCCAGCCCUCCUACACCACCGAGCUGCCCGCGGCCUCCUUCUACGGGCCCCUGGACGCCAAGAAUCCGCUCCUCGCCUCCUUCCAGAGGGAGAUUCAGGGCGUGCUGGGCUUCCUCCGGAGGAAGCAGGGCCGGGCCGCCUCCCUGCAGGAGCGCCAGACGGUCCAGCAGCGCGGUGUCAGCACCCUGUUCAAUAUCUGGAACAAGUAUAAGGCCCGCCUGCCACCCAAGUAUUACAAUGAGCAGCUUUUGAAGGUUGGAGACAGCCUUGUUCAAAUACAACAAUACAAGCUGGCCUUGUCACAGUGCUAUGGAAGGUAUCUUAGCCAGUUCAACUGCACUGUUGAGGAGACAGAAAUGAACGUGUCUCAGUUCAAAAGCAUCUUUUUCCCCAACGGCCCCGAAGACAAGAAUUCCAGCCUAACAUUUCGUGCUUUGGAAGGGAAAUGCAUUUGCAUCUACCAGGUGAUCUGUGCCAGUGACCCCGAUCUGCAGAGUGAGAUAUCUGUGAGUCAGUGCUUCAACAUGUUGUCUUCGUUGAGACUCAUCAUGCAAGUGGCCCUCCCCCAGGAAAGACUCUACUGGAUCAUCUACAAUGGUACAAUUCAUAUUUAUACACUUUGUAGGAAGCUGAUGGUCAUCGGGCUGUCUGCUAAGGCCUUGGAAUACUUGCUCUGGGCAAGUAUAUGUAUGGAAUCCUCCAUACCCCUUCUAGCGGUUAGGUAUCUGAAUUGGAGAGCUACCCUGUAUACUGCUGUUUCCCAGUGUUACUAUGACUGCCAAGCUGGAAUUCAUGGAGAGAUAUUUGCUCGGCGAGGUUUGGGAAAAAUUGAUGAAUUAUUACACCUAGAAGUAAUGAGUCUCACACCACCACAGGAAGAAGCAAAAAGAAGCUUUAGAGAAGCCACCAUAAAGAUGGCAGUGAUGAUCUUCAAGAGGGCGGCCUUUGAACCUCGAAGAAAGUCCAAGUCCUCCAUAAGAGCAAAACCGAGAUUUUCCUUACGGGAAGCACAGAAUCUGCAAUGGCCACGUACUCCCACAGAAAAGCUGUUGGUUGAGAUGUUUGACAGCAGCUCGUCCCAGUUUCUGGCCGUAUUGGAAGCCCUUUCGGAGCCGAGAAGGCGGGUGCUGCAGACGGGUCCCCCCACGUCAGAAGAGCCCGAGAUUCGGGAGGUCUUUGCUGAGCUCUUCAUGGCUGGCAGCAAGCUCUUCUCAGAUCCAACCAGUAGCCAGACAGCCUGUGGGAAGUUUGACUUUUUCAAAACAGUCUGUUCAGUUUCUUCUCAAAUGAAACUCGCUGUCGAAGGGAAAGACAGCGUUUCGAUAAGCGCUGCGGCGAAGUUGAUAAAAUUAUUUUUCACCUUUGAGGAAUGGAAUUUAUUUCAUUGUACUGCCGCUCAGUUUAUCCACUUCCUUCAGGGUCGAAAGGACCCAGCCUCAAGGAAAGCAGAGAUGGAUUUAAGGCUUCUGGCUGCGAUGGAACCCUUGAUCAAUGUAAAGAGAAAUAAAGGCUUGGCCUACACUGGGGAAGGAGUCAACAGUACCACGGAAGGAGGUCGAAGAAUGGGGAAGAAAAUUGUGUUUCAGGAUCCUCACAUGUUAUCUGGAAGCUAUUCUGAUGACAUUUUCCACUUGGGGUCAAUGUUAUUUUCCUUCAUUUGUUCGGCUGAUGAGAAAGUUCAGCCUGAUAGUGAGAUCAUUGUUGACCUGAUAAUGUUCCUGUGGCAGAAAUGCAAAAUGGGAAUCCAGCGGAUCUACUCGGCAAAAAUGGAAUAUUUCAAGUUUGUCCAGAAAGUCAAAAAUAACAAAUGGAUUCAUCUGCUUUGGCAGAUAAAUGAGAUGAUUUAUUCUUGUCAAACGGAAGACAUCAACCCUGUGGUUGUGGCUGAAGUCUCGUUACGAAUAAGUGAAAUAUUGGAGACUUUAGGAAACCCAGAAAAAAAUUUUAAAAAACAUUCAGGCUCUGGAAGCAAAAUUCGUUUUGACUAUGACUUCUUCCGCAAGAGUUCUUCUGAUCUUUCCCCAAUUUUAAAGAAAACACCUGAAGAGCAAUUACUUUUGGCUUAUGAGAUUCUUGACAGGGCAAUUACAACCAUAGGGAUGUCUCGUGCAAGAACCAUGUUGCCCAAUGGUACCUCAGUAUAUGAUCAUUGUCAUGCCAAGGUCAUCCCUCCAACAGAAGAUAGAAUUUCUGGAAAGUCACUCACUGCCAACAGUUUGAUCAUGGACUUGCAGCUCGAAAUCAUUCUGACUCAGCACCGGAUAAGUGUUACGCUCCUUGACCAACUCAAAGCUUGGGACUCAACUCUCCAGAAACCUGGCUGUCCCAAAGAAGCUCAAUAUACAAAAGAAUCUGCCAGCACUAGUUACUUCACAGAAUUGUAUGUACUGAAAAAAAUCAACAAGAAUCAAAUAUCCAAAGCAAUCUACUUGAUGCAGAAAGCUCUGAUAUUAUUUGAGAAAGAUCCCCUCCAGGAUCACAAGUUACUGGAGGAAGCAUUGUCCUUAAUUAAGAAGACUGAAUUAGAGCAAAGUGCCCUGUACUCAUAUCAGAAGGAUGCAGAGGAUGGUAAACUACACUGUGGCAAAGUUCCUUUUCCUCCCAUACUGAUUUCUAGAACUCAUUGUUCAGUGACAUUUAAACCUGCUCCAUUUGUUUGCGAGAAAAAGGUUGAAUGGUACACCAUUUUGGGAUGUCAGAUGGGAACAGGUACUGGAAAAGUAAGGUUGAACAGCCAUUGUCUUUCAAACUCUGGAGAACCAGUGCCUGCUAAUGAUAAAACCCUUUUAAAAGUUGUUGAUUUAGAGCCGAAUGAAAAAUACAUAUUUGCAGUUGCUGCUUAUGGCUGUGAUGGAGAACUUAUUGGGGAGGCAAUUGGAGAGACAUCAAAGCCAAUUCUGGUUUAUACACCACUUUCUACUGUUACUACUCGUUUAUGUCUGACGGAGGUUGCCUAUCAAGUUGGUAAAUAUUCAUUGGCCAAGAAAGCCUUUGCACCAGUUUGGGAUUAUUUUGUCUAUACUCCUUCUCCAUCAAAUACAUCCAUUAUUUCUUUAAACAGCAUGUUAACUAUUACACCACACAGGUUGUAUUCCAAUACCUUGUCAGAGUCUUCAUCAGUGCUUUUAUACCAUUUCCUCAGAUGUAUUUUUGUAACGAGUAGCAUUAAUAUUGUGGAACAAAAGCUCUUCUGUGAUGCCAUUAGGGGAAAUGAGGUUUUCACCUGUCAACAAGCUGUAAGACUAGCGGAAUGUCAGAGAAUGCUAGUGGCAAUUGACCUUAGUACCCACUUAAAUGAUGUGAAUUAUUCCCUACAAGCUGUCGUUCAGUGCUAUGGUCUCCUGGCUCCUCUAAUCUUUCACAACAUUGUUCUGGUGCCAGCAAUCCAGAUCCUAAUUAAGUGUUUGGUAGUUCUGCAAGAAAUCCCCAAUGUUAACUUUCCCAAGAGACAAAUGGGGAAUUUUGAAAGCAUCCAACAUAUGAUUGCGUGUUCUGUUUAUUACACAACAAAGGUGCUGCGUUCCUGGAAGGAAUUUGACCUUGCAGUGAUAAUUAUAAAUUUUGGGAAAAAGUUGUUGGACACCUCACAAGGGUUAUUUUCAAAUGUUGGUCAAGCUUCCUUUAGUGAUGAUGAGCAAGAAGAAGUGACAGAGGAGGGCGUCCUCAUUAAGAAAGCGAAAAAGUCCAAGGGACAGAUUGUCAUAGCGGACAAAAUCAGUGAACAGCUUAACCUCAUGGAAACGCAGCUGCUCAAGCUGACGAAACAAAAUCCCUUUGUUGAACUCACAGGAGCAGAAGACCCCCUUUUUCUCUACCCUAUAAUUUUAACUUGGACACUCAGAGGUGCCAUGAAAGAAGUAAUGAAAUUCAAGAAUAAGCCCCGUUUUCUGGAAUUCUUUGUUCAAGUUAUGACAAAAUGUAUUCAUGAAGAGAGAUUUAACUAUGUGGUGGACAUGUCAUAUACUGUUCAAAACUUCCUAAAAAGGAGAAAUGACAACUUUCUUGGAAUAAAGAAAGUUUCAGGUACAGAAAGUACUUCAGCUCAUGAAGACCCAAAGAAGUACAAGGCAGCUGCCAUGGAAAUUCAAAAAGCCACAGAGGUACCAUUUUUGAAGCCAAAAACCAAGAAAAAGGGUGCUCUGCAAGAGUAUUUUACCAAACACCUCUCACUGUCAGAAUUACCAGAUCUGGAAAAAUUUAAAAGAACUGACGUUAGAAAAAUAGCUUUUAAAAUCCUGAUAGAAUUCUUGUGCCCCAAAGUGGUUCACUAUGUAAAAAGAAAAAGAUUGCACCAAUUGUUUGUUGAAGAGUUACCUUGGAGAGCUCAGAUGAACGUACAUUUGGCAUAUGCUCAUUUCAGCUUAUUCAAAAUCAAACUCGCAGAGCAUAAAAAGAUGAAAGUUUGCAGUUCACAAAAUGCGAUGAGCUUCCGAACUUUAGACCCUGAUACAUUCUCAUUAUACAAUUCUGGGACGUUAUUAGCGGAGGAAAACAUUAAUGAGGAAGGCUACAAAGCAAUACUUGAAUUCCUACUUUCAAGCAAAACAAGACCCAACCUCUUAGAUACUGAUGGAUUUUCUUUUAGCAGCUCCAAAAUGGGUGGAGCAGAAAGCCCUAAGGUGAUUGUUUCAACUGAAUUAGACACUGAAGUGAAAGAUCGAACAGGAAAUCUUGGAGUCUUGGACCACCUUGUCAGAACCUUUUUGCAUUGCAGAAGAGCAGUGGUUCUCGCUCAUCGAGGUGGCUACUGGACCUUACUUCAGAACGCCUCCCGGAUUCUUUGGAACUACGCCUUGGAAGUGCAGAUUCUCUUUAAACAGGCACAUGCUUUUUCCAGAACAUUUCCUCUCAGCAAGGAUGCUAUUUUAUGCACAUUUGUGUUGCCAUUUUAUUUGACAUCGGAAGCGCUCCUUGACAUGCUGCUAGAUCUGCAGAAUAGCAAAUGUCUUAAGUUGUAUUUCUAUCAAAAUUUGGAUGACAAUAAAGACUUCGGUGUUCCGAGCCCUUAUGGGGGCAUCAAAGAUGAUGAUGGUGGCUGGAAUCUGACAUUUGAAGAUCCUUUUGAUGAUAUGAACUUGGUUGACUUGAAGUUUAUUUCUGACUUCAUCUUUAAAACUUUGGAAAUUUUGUACAGAGUGGGAAAAUGGGAAACACUAGCACAUAUUGCCCUCCAUUUCAAUGAAAUUACGCAUGAGAAGUAUACUGAACAAGUAACACCAGUGUUAGUCUAUGCUCAGAGGAAGCUUCUGGAGAGAGUCAAGAAGUUCAGUGGCCAAGAGAUAAUCGAGAUAGAAAAUGAGAUUGAGGACAAGAUAAACCUACGCGAUAUCAUUGGAAAACAGCCCCAUCCUGCUUUUCGGCCUAGUGAGCCAGGAGGUUGUAGAGGCUUUAUUGACUUUGAGCAGGAUGCAGUUCAUUCAGAAGCAAAAGGUGGGAGAGGCCUGGGGAUUUCAGUGACUGCAAGCUCCAGCAAAGGGGCAUGGUGGUGGGAUUCAGAGAUACCUGUCUGUGGCUGCCCUGAAAUCUCCCAAGCGAACAGACUAGUGUCUGUGCCCCUGAAUGUGAAGGAGACUUUGAGGUACUUUAGAGAAACCUUGGGGAAAUCUAAGUACCACAACAGGUCCCUGAGAUACAGCAGAAAGUUGCUCACUUUAUUUCUGGCCAGCACACAAGAAAGCAGUGGUGGAAUAAAUAAUCCCAAGUAUUUUUAUGGAAAAGUGGAAUUUAGCCUUGGAGCCGAAGAGAUGUAUUUGCCAACACCCCCUGAUCUUUCCAGUGAAAAGUUCACUAUUUCUACUACAGUGGAGAGCAAGAAACUUCCUCCUUCCCAGUUUCAACUUGUUAUAGCUUCUUACAAGAAAACUAUUGAUACUCUUGAAAUCAACAAUCAAACAGAUCUCAAGAUACAAGCACUACAUGAGCUUGGAAAUCUUCACAUCUAUGCAGAAAACAGAAGGGAAGCUUAUAAAUGCUGGAGCCAAGCCCUGGAUGCCAUUCUCAAAAAAACAGAUGUUCUCCAUACGUGGAAAGAACUGGCCAACCCCCCCCAAAAACCUCUUGACGUUGUCAUGAGUUCAAACUUCACUGAUUAUAGUGAGGAAUUUCUGUCAAAAGCUGGUGUUUGGGGAUGCUUGCAGGGAGGAGUCAUAGCCUCAAAAAUAGCACAAUACAUUUUGACAUCAAAUGUGAGUGAGCAGACUGAAUGCUGCAUUUUCUCUUCCUAUUUUUUUAAGGCUCUAUUUAGAACGUCUCUAACACAUCCCAGACAUGACCAUGAGUAUGCCCAGUAUGAAAUUGGCCAGCUUACUCCAGGCCUGGAUCUCUUCUGUGACCGACACAGAGCGGAUGUGACCAUUGUCCUCGGCAGUCUCAUUUACCUCAUUUAUGAGCUCCAUUCUGUUAACCACAAUCUUAUCAUUCUGCCUCUCCUUUCAUUAUAUCAAUAUUUUAUCUCAGAAGUUUGCCAAGAUUUAUGUAAAUGCAUAGAUGCAAAGAUCCUUAAGAUAGAAAUCCUUAUUGACUUAGGACUCCUUUCUGAAGCUUAUAGUGAACUAGCCAAUCUUUGUCCUGGAAAAGGCAUCCCCAGUACCACCUCUUCAGGCUCCAAGAUUUUCUUGAAACCUAAGCAAAUCACACAGCCAUUUGAAGCAGGAAAACCUUAUAUGUCCAAAGAAAAUCUAUUGGCCCUGGAAGAUUUAUUGAAUCGCGGCAUUCCUGGAUGUGUGACUCUUAUGUGCCAACCAACUUUCAUAUAUAAGUUUACUUUGGUCAAAAUGCGCUUUUUCAUCCGGCUGGCUGCAACAAUAAAUUGCCUGCCAGAAAAUGAAGUGAAAUCUUUCUUCCAGGAGCUUUCCCAGAAAAGCAAAUUCCAGGUUACAAGCAAUAAAGAACAUGCAAAGGAAGAACCUACACAAACUAUUACUCUGAUCAAGACCAAAGAGGAGCUGACGCCAGGCAAAUUAAAGGGGAUUUUACUGACAGAAGCCGAAGAUAAGCUUCUCACGCUAAUAGAAAAUGCAGAGUCAUCCAACCGCAAGAGAAUAAUUCAGUUUAGCCCUGUAGAAUUAGAGAUUAUGAUUGAGGUCAAGCUCCAGCUAGCCGCUAUUGCGAUGCAGAGGCAACAAGCACCUUUCAGCACUUCUAUAGCUUUCACUGCAAUUAAAAUUCUUCAGAAUGCAGAGGUUUUCCAAAAGACUAAAGAAGAAGUUUAUGAGAACCCGGAUGAGCUGGACUCCCUAGAGCCUCUUGGGAUGUUGGCCCGAGAACAUCUGAACAUUCAUAUGUGGCUGAAGUGCCGCCUGGCUUUGCUGGUGGCCUCUGUGGCACACAUCCGUGGCAUGGGGUUCUUGAAAGAAAAUGAGGUGACCGACUGCAGACACCUGAUAAAUGAAGUGCUCGUGGAGGCACGGGACUGGAACGACACUGAGAUGCAAGCAGAGGUGUUGGUGCAAGCCGUCAAGCUUGACCUGCAAGAGAGGCACACGGCAGCUGAGAUCAUAAAACAUCUGAGGGACAUAAUCAAUUUACUUGAAGGGAAACCCUUCAUUUCUCCUCGAGGCUCGUUAAUACUUGUGAAAAGCCUGGUGUUAAUGGAUGACUUACUGAAAAUUGAGGAACCCCAGAAAUAUCUCUCUCCUGGAAAUGAAAAUUUCAAUUUAUUAAAUCAGGCUCAUGCUCUUAUUAUUGAACAGGCUCUAUCUUUGGGUGAAACGAUUAGAUUGGCUUCUUCAGACUCUGAUUAUGCAAAUAUCAUGUACCCUUUGAGAAACAUUUAUCUUCCAUAUAUCAACUUAAUGGCAAAAGUGAAGAUGAGAAUUGCUCAUAUGUUAGCCAAGCAAGUAGCUUCCUCUGGAAAAAGAGAUCCUUCUCAAUGGGCACCUGCCAUUCAUCUCUUUGAGAUAGCAUUGUAUCAUUGUAGGACAGCUGCGAUACAAGAAGGUGAAUUAGAGGCUGAAAUCCUUUUUGAGAAAGGCAAAUUAGAACGUCAAACAUUUACUGAAGAUGAGACAACACAGAUAGCUAAUGAUCUUUUUGAUGCUAUAAAAACAAGUCUGAAAAAUGAUCAAAAUAUAAGGUUGAUAAGGAAAUCCUACCUGGAAAUAGCCCUAUUAUAUUUACAUAUGGAGAAUCUUAAGAAAUGUCAGGCUUCUUCCCAAAUCCAAAGCCCGUCAAAGGAGUCCACAGAAGAGAAGGGUGGUCUGUACCUGACACUGUCCUGGAUGGCAAUCCGAGCUGCUACACAGGUCAGUAAAGCAGCAAAAGAAGCUCAGAAGCUACUUGGACGAAAGAAUAUUUUGAUGGAGAAAAUUAAAAUGGUCCUCUUGCAGAAUAUCCCAGAAUUUGCUGUUGUGGACCUCACUUCUACAUAUAUAGAUUAUUUGACUGCUAGCUAUAAAGCUGUCUUCAAGUCCCCCUUUUCCUCUCUAAGCCAAUCUGACAACAUCCCGGACAAUUCAAGUUUGGAACAAGAUCUCAAAACCACUGAUAAUGAAGAAAGCGAAGAGCGGAAUGAGCCAGAUAUCUCCUGGGUCCAUCUGGUCUAUUACUAUACUCAACUGUUAAGAAUUAACAACAUGAACACCGUGCUUGCUUCUCCAAAGCCAAUUUUCUUAGCAGAUGAGAUAUUCCACACUUCCGUUUUCAAUGAAGAUCUGAUUUUACGUCACAAAGAAUUGCACAGUUUCCUCAAAAAAUUCUUACAUGUUUUUACGUCAACCUGUAUUGAACCAUUUCCAAAAGACCUUCCUCUUGGGAUAGAAAAAUCAUUCGAUGAAAAAUUCCCAUGUAGGGACUCACUUAAGAUGGAUCAGGAAAUAUCUGUGAUAGCAGAAAAAUUUGCAGCCUCUAAGAACUCCCUAACUCCUCCAGACUUAACAGAUUUUGCUGUAUAUACUAUAAGCAAAGAUCUUUGCUUUCAGUGGUACCUACCCCCUCUAGAAAAAUCUCCAAAGGAAACAGAACCUAUGGUCAUGUUGCUGUAUGCCUUUAACACCAAACCUGUCAAGAUUCAUGACGCCCUGGAGUUCAAUAACAGUGGCGUAUAUUCUGGAUCUUUCUGGCUUCCUCUGAACAAAGUUAUGGCCUUACAUGGAAAACUAUCUGGCCUUAGGCAGCAAGCUGAAAUGUUGUUAUACACGUGUCCAUUGUCUCCAGAAAGAAGGACGUCAUCACUCAGUUCUUCUCCAAAAAUCUUCCCAGAUCUCCCUGAAAAUAUCGUGCUCACUAAAGAAAUGAAGGCUAUAUUUUUUGAGUGUUGCAGUGAAAUAGAAGGUCUGCUUUCAAGAAGUGAAUACUUGCCCCUAAAAAUUGAGGUUCCAUUUGAAGCGGCUUUGUCCACUGCAAAGAUGCUGGAGAUGCUUUUUGAUCCCUCUUCAGGCUAUGUCUUAAAGUCAAACACCAUUUUCAAGUGGAUUACAUCUUUUCUUAAAUGAGCACUCUUUAUACUGCAACCUUUACAAGGACAGAGGGAAUUCAAUAGUGUUUUGUUCUGAAUUAGCUGGAAAUUAUGGUUAUUAUGGUUUUGCUGUAAAAUAAAAAACAAAGAGU